UACUUUUAUAUUUAUGCAGUUGAUUUCCGUAAAUCAGUUCUUCCCUAAUCAUAACAGCGCUUUCUCUCUCCUGAGUUUGUCUCUACAGAAGUACUGAUCAGUGCCCAGGGUUUCUGUGUUCUGUAUAUGCUAUUGCAUAGACUGUUUCUCUUAAGCGGUCACGUACUGAAGGUAGCACUCCCACCAACAGAAUCCGUCUCCUCAUCCCCAACUGUGAAUUCUGCCUGUUCAGCAGCAGCGGAGCUCUGUGUUGUUUUUUGUUGGGCGUGUGUGCUAAAGGGGACAGACAGUCCCACAGCUUAGCACUAAGCCGUGAUCUGUCUUUGUUGUGUUAAUGGCACCAUGUUUUCAUUUUGCAGAUGGCUGAGAGCUGCAAGAAAAAUUCAGGACCAUGAUGGCUCAGUUUCCCACAGCUAUGAACGGAGGGCCGAAUAUGUGGGCUAUUACCUCUGAAGAACGCACUAAGCAUGACAAACAGUUUGAUAACCUCAAGCCUUCAGGAGGUUACAUAACAGGUGAUCAAGCCCGUACUUUUUUCCUGCAGUCAGGUCUGCCGGCCCCAAUUUUAGCUGAAAUAUGGGCCUUAUCAGAUCUGAACAAGGAUGGGAAGAUGGAUCAGCAGGAGUUCUCCAUAGCUAUGAAACUCAUCAAACUAAAGCUUCAAGGCCAGCAGCUGCCUGUGGUUCUCCCCCCUAUUAUGAAACAGCCCCCCAUGUUCUCUCCACUCAUCUCCGCUCGUUUCGGGAUGGGAAGCAUGCCCAACCUGUCCAUUCCUCAGCCAUUGCCUCCAGUUGCACCUAUAACAACACCCUUGUCUUCUGCAACUUCAGGGACCAGUGUUCCUCCCUUAAUGAUGCCUGCUCCCCUAGUGCCUUCCGUCAGUACAUCAUCCUUACCAAAUGGGACCGCCAGCCUCAUUCAGCCUCUAUCCAUUCCUUACUCUUCUUCAACUUUGCCUCAUGCAUCAUCUUACAGUCUGAUGAUGGGAGGAUUUGGUGGUGCUAGUAUCCAGAAGGCCCAGUCUCUGAUUGAUUUAGGAUCUAGUAGCUCAACUUCCUCAACUGCUUCCCUCUCAGGGAACUCGCCCAAGACUGGGACCUCAGAGUGGGCGGUUCCUCAGCCUUCAAGAUUAAAGUAUCGGCAGAAAUUUAACAGUCUAGACAAAAGCAUGAGUGGAUACCUCUCAGGGUUUCAAGCUAGAAAUGCCCUUCUUCAGUCAAAUCUGUCCCAAACUCAGCUGGCUACUAUCUGGACUCUGGCUGACAUUGAUGGUGACGGACAGUUGAGAGCUGAAGAGUUUAUCUUAGCGAUGCACCUCACUGACAUGGCCAAAGCUGGACAGCCGCUUCCACUGACUUUACCUCCUGAGCUCGUCCCUCCAUCCUUCAGGGGAGGGAAGCAAAUUGAUUCCAUUAAUGGAACUCUGCCUUCAUAUCAGAAAACACAAGAAGAAGAACCUCAGAAGAAAUUGCCAGUUACUUUUGAGGACAAACGCAAAGCCAAUUAUGAGCGUGGAAACAUGGAGCUGGAGAAGCGACGCCAAGCCUUGAUGGAGCAGCAGCAGAGGGAGGCCGAGCGGAAAGCCCAGAAAGAGAAGGAAGAGUGGGAGCGCAAACAGAGAGAAUUACAAGAACAGGAGUGGAAGAAGCAGCUGGAAUUGGAAAAACGCUUGGAGAAGCAGAGAGAACUGGAGAGGCAGCGGGAGGAAGAGAGGAGAAAAGAGAUAGAAAGACGAGAGGCAGCAAAACAGGAGCUUGAAAGACAGCGUCGUUUAGAAUGGGAAAGAAUCCGUCGGCAGGAGCUUCUCAAUCAGAAGAACCGAGAACAAGAGGAAAUUGUCAGGCUGAACUCGAAGAAGAAGAGCCUCCACCUGGAGCUGGAAGCAGUGAGUGGAAAACAUCAGCAGAUUUCAGGCAGACUUCAAGAUGUCCGAAUCAGAAAGCAAACACAAAAAACUGAGCUAGAAGUUUUGGAUAAGCAGUGUGACCUGGAAAUUAUGGAAAUCAAACAACUUCAACAAGAACUUCAGGAAUAUCAAAACAAGCUUAUCUAUCUGGUACCUGAGAAGCAACUACUAAAUGAGAGAAUUAAAAACAUGCAGCUCACUAACACACCUGAUUCAGGGAUGAGUUUACUUCAUAAAAAAUCAUUAGAAAAGGAAGAAUUAUGCCAAAGACUUAAAGAACAAUUAGAUGCUCUUGAAAAAGAAACUGCAUCUAAGCUCUCAGAAAUGGAUUCAUUUAACAAUCAACUGAAGUGUGGGAAUAUGGAUGACUCUGUUCUUCAGUGCCUUUUGUCUCUGCUAAGCUGUCUCAACAACCUCUUCCUCUUACUUAAGGAACUGAGAGAAAGCUAUAAUACACAGCAGUUAGCCCUCGAACAACUUCAUAAAAUCAAACGUGACAAAUUGAAGGAAAUUGAAAGAAAAAGAUUAGAGCAAAUACAGAAAAAGAAACUUGAAGAUGAGGCUGCAAGGAAAGCAAAGCAAGGAAAAGAAAACUUGUGGAGAGAAAGUAUUCGAAAGGAAGAAGAAGAAAAACAAAAGCGUCUUCAGGAAGAAAAAUCACAGGAGAAAACUCAAGAAGAGGAGCGAAAAGCUGAGGCAAAACCAAGUGAGACAGCUAGUGCUUUGGUGAAUUAUAGAGCAUUGUACCCCUUUGAAGCAAGGAACCAUGAUGAGAUGAGUUUUAAUUCCGGGGAUAUAAUUCAGGUUGAUGAAAAGACUGUAGGAGAGCCUGGUUGGCUUUAUGGCAGCUUUCAGGGAAAGUUUGGCUGGUUUCCAUGCAACUAUGUAGAAAAAAUGCCAUCCAGUGAAAAAGCUCCAUCUCCUAAGAAGGCCUUACUUCCUCCUACAGUAUCUCUCUCUGCUACCUCAACUUCCUCCCAACCACUUUGUUCAAAUCAACCAGCAUCAGUGACUGAUUAUCAAAAUGUAUCUUUCUCAAACCUUACUGUUAACACGUCAUGGCAACAGAAGUCAGCUUUUACUCGCACUGUGUCCCCUGGAUCCGUGUCCCCCAUUCAUGGACAGGGGCAGGCUGUAGAAAACCUGAAAGCUCAAGCCCUUUGUUCUUGGACGGCAAAGAAGGAGAACCACUUGAACUUCUCAAAGCACGACAUUAUUACUGUCCUGGAGCAGCAGGAAAAUUGGUGGUUUGGAGAGGUGCACGGAGGAAGAGGAUGGUUCCCCAAAUCCUAUGUCAAGAUCCUUCCUGGGAGUGAAGUCAAGCGAGAAGAGCCAGAAGCUUUGUAUGCGGCUGUAAAUAAGAAACCUACCUCCACAGCCUAUCCAGCUGGAGAAGAAUAUAUUGCACUUUAUCCAUACUCAAGUGUAGAACCUGGAGAUUUGACCUUCAAUGAAGGUGAAGAAAUAUUGGUGACCCAGAAAGAUGGAGAGUGGUGGACAGGAAGUAUUGGAGAGAGAACUGGAAUCUUCCCAUCCAACUAUGUUAAACCAAAAGAUCAAGAGAAUUUUGGGAAUGCCGGCAAAUCUGGAACAUCAAACAAAAAACCUGAGAUCGCUCAAGUAACUUCAGCGUAUGCGGCUUCCGGGACCGAGCAGCUCAGCCUUGCGCCAGGGCAGUUAAUAUUAAUCCUAAAGAAGAACACAAGUGGGUGGUGGCAAGGAGAGCUACAGGCCAGGGGGAAAAAACGACAGAAGGGCUGGUUUCCUGCCAGCCACGUAAAACUACUGGGUCCAAGCAGUGAGAGGACCACACCUGCCUUUCAUGCUGUGUGUCAAGUGAUCGCUAUGUAUGACUAUGUAGCAAAUAAUGAAGAUGAGCUCAAUUUCUCCAAGGGACAGCUGAUCAAUGUCAUGAACAAAGAUGAUCCUGACUGGUGGCAGGGAGAAAUCAACGGGGUGACUGGUCUCUUUCCUUCCAACUAUGUUAAGAUGACAACAGACUCCGACCCAAGUCAGCAGUGACCCAAUGUUGUCUUCCAGUGUGAAAGCACCCCAGAGACCCACUAUCCAAGUCUGACUCUAGCCUGGAGGCAGGGCAGGCAGCCCUGAUCAAAUAUCUCCUACACAAUUCGUUUACUUCGUUUGAAUGUUAGAGCCACUUGUGAUUAUUUCUUUGUGUUUCUAAUUUACAGUUAAAAUUUAUUGGUAACAAUUUCAAGGAUAGUGGGUCUUUGUGUGGCUUUCCCUGCUGUUCACUCUGGCAUCCUUUAGCAUUUUCUUCCUUUUUUAAUUUGGCAAUUGUAGGUCAUUAGCAUGCAUAUCCAGUUUGCCCUUACAUGGUGGGAGUACAAACACACAAAGACCCACUAUUUGCACAAACUGUUCUGUCUGGUUUGGAAUGGGCUGCCGUGCUUUUCCAAUGCUGUUGCCAAUUGUAUAUUCAUUACAGAAUUCAGGUGAUGUUUGCUUAUGUUCUGCUAUUAUAUUUGAUCUAAUCCUAAUCACAAGAGCCCAUAAUUGGUUCAGUCUGUGAUUUACCCUCAAAUAAGCACUGUUCAUUACUUUCUAAUAUACCAUUAUGAGUACCAAUGGCUAGGUUUGUCUGAAGGCUGAGAAUGGAGAUAGUCUUUUCUAUGUUUCUGUAUACUCUGAAUGGGAGCAGUCACAUUGGAGGAACUUCCCUUGUCUCACAGAGGAUGGAAGUGCUGUGUUCUGGCCAGUGUGUGCAGAGUAGUAUAUGUCUAGUGUGCCUGACUGCCCAAGGAUGAGCGCAGGGCUCGGGCAGUCCUGUCAGGGUCUUAGGUGCUCUAGGUUGCAGAUCUGUGUUCCAGCACACAGUUACUGCUUUAUUGACGAUAUAAACAUAGAUUGCUUUCAAGAAUGGGAAGUGUCCGUCAUGGACUGUGAGGUGAGAGACCUCCCCUAGCUUAGAACACUUAUAUCUAUAGUAUAUUCUAAAGUAGAAUUUAUGUUAUCUCUUGAGUCAGGUGACUACUUACUUACCCUAGGAUACAAAAUGACACUGUUGGCAUUCAUAAUGCAUUUAGUACAAACCAUAAGGAAUCCUUGAAGACUUUGUACCAGACCUGAAGCAGGUAUGCAGGUUCUAGCCAAGGACCCAGAAUGGUAAGGGGAGAGCACAUGAGAGCUGGCAUUCCUCUCUGCCCUCAAGGCUUCUUGGAGCCUAGACUGUUGAUGUUGCCAUCUACACUUUCCUGGCUAAUGGUCUUCUUCCACAUUGGCUACUUUGACAUAGAAUUUUACCUCUUCCCUUGAAUGGAAAGCACUCUAAACAUAAUAGACAUUAUUAUAAACUAAUAUGUAUGAGAGAGCACUUAGCUGAAAUGAAAAAGAAUUUUAACACAGUAUUAAACCAUAUUUGAAAAUCAAUGAGCAGUUUAUGCAGUUUAAAAGUUUACAAAUUGCAGUGCAAUCUACUGUUUGUGAAAUGUCAGAUAAGUGUAUAUACAAUCACAGAGUCUUAUUCCUCAGAGUUCUUUGAGAAAAUGAAACAUGCUUUUAUACCUCUCACUUUCAUUUAAAGGCAUAUUUUGUGCAAUAUUUAUGUUAAUGUGCCUAUAUAUUAUGAGUGAAUUAUACAAUUGUACGUUGCCUAAAUCAUGACUUGAGAAAGAACCAACAGUUUAGUUACAACUUUACAAAGCUCAGAUAUCUAUAUUGGAAAAUCUUCACACUAUUGCAGUGUCGGAAGAGUAUGUGUGCUCCCUGGGGUGGGGACUUCCGUUAGAGCUCUAGACCACCUCCGUUUUACCAUUUGCCAUCAUGACAGUAUUUUAUGUGGCAUUCAUGGGAAAGCAAUAAUAUCAGUUUAUAGAUGGAUAAGAGAAUUGCCUGCAGUCUUUAAGAGACAGUGCAAAGACUGAUUCCAAACUGACUUUUCCACAGUGUAUAGAUUACCUGAUCUUGCUUUUUAUCUCCUCAACAUUCUGUUUUUACAUCCUUGAGUUCAGUGUGGACAGCUGCUGUAUAAACCAAGGUUAGAAAUCCAAGCACUGCUAAAUAAGUACAAUGUUCUGUAAAGCACUUUUUUCUUUUAUAAUUUUUAUUUUGGGCUUUCUACUAUACUGAUAAAUUAUUCUAAAAGUAUUUUUAUAGGUCAGAUCACUUCACUUCUUCAUCACUAAAGUAGAUUACUAGAAAUGGCAUUCAGGUUGAGCUCAGCAUCUAUAACCAAUCUGAAAACAAUAUGUCCAUCAGGUACCUGUGGAUUAAGUCACACACUGGCAUCUAUAACCAAUCUGAAAACAGUAUGUCCAUCAGGUACCUGUGGAUUAAGUCACACACUGGCCCAGCAUUCAAAGUAAAUGUCAGUCUAGAGGAUAAACUUACUGUGUUAACCAGCUACGACUUGGGUAGGUAUUUUGUCAUGUGUUUGAUAGAAAGCUGUAAGGAAGGAAAUCGUAAUGACAUGUAAUCAUUUAGAUUGUUCUUAUAAGUGCAUGCAAUCUGUUGCAAUACCUCAUCCAGCCAUCUAUUUGCUCCUUCCUGGUUUAAUAUAAGGCAGCUUUCUUUUGCUUAGAAGGAAAGAGUUUACUGGAGGCAUAAUUUAAGAAUUGAAAUACAAUGGAGUCAAUUGGAACUUGUAGGAAAUGCCUGGUUAAGAUCACACUGUGUGCCAGGUGUUUCGAAAACAUGUGCUUGAACUUGACAGCAGUGACUGGGGAAAGGCUACAGCCAAAACUGUUAUUUCAGAAAAUUGAAAACUAAAUUCACCCUAUCAAUUAUAUAGUUUCUCUGAAUCUUUGAGUAUUUUGAAACAAUGCGACAAUUAAAACAGUAACUUUUUAAAUACAAUAUGAAACUGGAGUUUAAAAGAAAGAGACUAGGGGGAGGAAAGACAGAGAAAGAAAUGCCAAGUCCAGGCCAAAGCUCUGUUUGCCAAGUUUUCUUAGAAUGAAUUUUACCAAGUUAUGAAUUCUUGUAAAUAACUAAUGGGAAUACUGAGAACCCUUUGCCUAGAGUGGCAUUAUUACAUGCUGCUGUGAUGCUACUGUAAUGUAAUAAAUUAUUAAAUUGUUGCAAAGUGAUGUAUUUGCCUUAAAUUUUUAUUUUGUGUGUCUUGGAAACCAUAGUGUCAUAGGUAUUGAGAUUGUGCAAAUGCUGGCACGCUUGGCAUGAGAUGAUCUGUUUUAUUUUUACACAAUUGUAACAUAACUAUGCAAGUGUGUUUAUUAAAAGAACACAAACUCCA